UUUAUCCUUAUUUUACCUCUGGUGCUCGAGCUGGAAGGACAGUGUCUGUUUCUCUGGAUAAAAAAACAUACAAGUUGUUGAUUAAAUGUUCACAAUGAAGACCUGGCUUGUUCUGGUCCUCCUGGGACCCAUGGUCCAGGACGCCGCGGCAGUGAUUCGCUCUAUGAAGUAUUUCUACACUGCGUCUUCUGGAGUCCCAAACUUCCCAGAGUUUGUGGCUGUUGGAUUGGUUGAUGGCGUUGAGUUUGUUCACUAUGACAGUAACACCAUGAGAUACGAACUCAAACAGGACUGGAUGAGCAGACUCACAGCAGAUGAUCCUCAGUACUGGCAGAGGAACACUGAGUACUUGAGGGGUGACCAGCAGACCUUCAAAGCCAACAUUGAAAUUGUAAAGCAGCGCUUCAACCAAACUGGAGGUGCUCACAUUGUCCAGAGGAUGUACGGCUGUGAGUGGGAUGAUGAGACUGGAGAGGUUAAUGGAUUCGCUCAGGAUGGUUAUGAUGGAGAAGACUUCAUAGUAUUUGACCUGAAGACAGAGUCAUGGAUCGCUCCAAAACAACAGGCUGUCAUCACCAAACACAAGUGGGACAAUAACAAAGCUUUGAUAGCUCAGGAUAAAAACUACCUGACCCAGAAAUGUCCUGAGUGGGUGAAGAAGUAUGUGAACUAUGGGAGGAGCUCUCUGCUGAGAACAGAGGUUCCCUCAGUGUCUCUCCUCCAGAAGUCUCCCUCCUCUCCAGUCAGCUGCCACGCUACAGGUUUCUACCCUGACAGAGCCAUGAUGUUCUGGAGGAAAGAUGGAGUGGAGCUUAGUGAGCAUGUGGACCACGGAGAGACCCUCCCCAACCACGAUGGAUCCUUCCAGAUGAGUGUUGACCUGGACCUUUCAUCAGUCCCAGCUGAAGACUGGAGGAGGUACGACUGUAUGUUUCAGCUCUCUGGUGUGAAGGAUGACAUCAUCACCAAACUGGACAAAGCAGAGAUCAGGACCAACAGAGAGAAUACUAUGUACAUUUACAUCAUCGCUGCAGUGGUUGUUCUGGCUCUCGUCCUCCUCGCUGUGAUCGGAGUCCUGGUUUACAGAAAGAAGAAAGCCAAAUGCUCUCACAAAUGCCCUCCAUCUGACAACGGCUCUGAGCUCUCUGAGGUGGAGAAACUGAAACCAGAGUCUAACUCAUCCUAAACCCAUCACCCUGCACACAGUUUAUGGAUACAUUUAGCAGUGGACCAAUCAGCGGAGCCACGUUCUCUUCCAUAAACUGAACUCAUCAGUUCUUCAUCAUCAUAUCAUAAACUGGUAGAAUCAGGGCUGGGAUCUAGUUGGAGAUGCUCAUUGAUUGGAAUACAAAGAAAACUAGUUUGAAAAAAAAGGUUGACAAAUAUUUUCCAAAUAUGAUAAAAUAUUAGUUUAAAUGUUGAUUAAUUAAAAUGAGGAUGAUUAUUUUAGGAGAGAAGUAAAAAACGAGAUUCAAAUCAAUGAAAGCAUCCCAGCUCUCUUCAUACAUGAUAAAGAUCUGUGUGUCUAUCUAAAUUAAAUUUAAUUAUCCAUAGUUACAGUUUGAUACUUCUGCUGUCGGGCUUUUCUGGUUAAAUCAAUAUUGAUAACAUGUUAACACAUUGUUACACAUAAACACACGUAUACAUCCAUCCCAUCUCCAUACAUCCACUCCUAGGGUGUGGCAGCGAUAUGAUGAUAUAAACCUUGAGAUAAGAGAUAUUUGUCAGCCAGUAGAGUUUUCUUUACUAUUUCUAGUGAGAAAGUCAUCCUUUGGUUCUCUGGUUGGAUCAGAUCAAAUCAGUCAGCAACAUCCAGAAACAUCAGUCGGCAACAUCAGUCGGCAGCAUCAGUCAGCAGCAUCAGUCAGCAACAUCAGUCGGCAACAUCCAGAAACAUCCAGAAACAUGCUGAAACAUGCUGCACAGAUUAGACACCCAAAAUGUCCCGGAGGUGUAAAUGUUCUCUAUCUGAAAUCAGAGAUACAAUGAUAGGUUGGAUCAAUGUUGCCCACCCCUCUGCACACACACACACACA